AUGGAUGUAGACAAAGCAGGAGCCGCGACGUCAUCGUCAACAUCUGUAGCCAGUGCCCCAGCAGAUAUGCCCUCCAGGUCCAGACCUCCUUCGUUGGCACAAUCUCACCGGCCUCGACUCUCCAAAACAGACUCUAUCGCUUCUGUCUUGUCAGCGCACAGAAAUUACCUGGAUUCCCUUCCAGUCCCCACCAAGGAAGAGUUCGACCAAAUAAACAAGAUCCAAACCAAGCGUGAGGUCGAGCACAAGAAGCAAUUCCAGCGGAACCGACGACAGCAAAGCAUCGAGCUCGUCAACAGUCGCAGAAACAGCCUCAUCAGUGAAAAUGGAAGCGUCACCAAGGCAGCCACCGUCAUACAACGUACCUAUCGUGGCUACCGAGCUCGCCGGACGCUGGCAGGUCUGGGAAUAGACGCCUCAACCCGCUGGAUCCACGCCGUAAGAGAAGCCCAAUGGCGAGCCCUCACCCGCCCCCGACCCCGAAGCGAAUACCUCGACAGUGACAGCCUCUACUCCCCCAGCUUUCUCUCUCCAUCAUUAUCAUCACCAGGGGACACCAACAGCGACGCAGGCAGCAGUAUCAUGCUCAGCGGAACUCGCUCUCCCACCGCCCGCCUCAACUGGAAAAAGGCCUCCACCAUAGCCCGACGAGCAGGCGGGGAUGCUGACGAAAGCUCUUCCACUUCAUCAUCAUCCUCCUCCUCCUCCUCUUCCAGUAGUUCCUCCUCCGAUUCAGAAGAAAAACUCUCCAAAUCCCAGAAGCAACACCUCAAGCAACGCCGCGCCGAGUCCAAAGCCCGCCGCAAGGCAGCCUCCCGCACCAUGGGGCUGCAAUACUUUCUCGAAAUGAUCGACCACAAGCACCGCUACGGCUCCAACCUCAAAGUCUAUCACGAAGAAUGGCAAAGAGCCGACACCCAAGACAAUUUCUUCUACUGGCUUGACCACGGCUCGGGUCGGAACCUGUCACUGGAAGCCUGCCCUCGGGAGGUUCUGGAACGGGAACAAGUCCGGUAUUUAUCCAGAGAGGAAAGACAGGCGUAUCUAGUAGCUAUCGACGAGAGCGGAAGGCUAUGUUGGGCCAAGAACGGGGCGCCGAUCGACACCACCGAAAAGUGGAAAGAUAGCAUCAACGGGAUCGUACCCAGCGACGACCCCACGCCCGCUUAUUCACCACCCUCGUUGGAGUCAACCACCAACUUCUUCGGUGACUCCUCCACCGAAUCUUCCCAGUCAUCAUCCGAAUCCCCUCCUUCACCACAUCCACCACCCUCCAAGAAAUCAUCAUCCUCCGCCCGGCGUCUCUUCAAAAUGUCCCCCACAACCAUGCUCAACAAACUCCUCCGCCACUCCGUCACCCCCAACACAUGGAUCUUCGUCGCCGACACCUCCUUCCGUCUCUACGUCGGGAUCAAGAACUCGGGUGCGUUUCAGCACUCGAGUUUUCUUCAAGGAAGCCGCAUCUCCGCUGCGGGGCUGAUCAAGAUCAAGAACGGGAAGUUGCACAGCCUGAGCCCGCUGAGCGGACACUACCGGCCGCCGGCGAGCAAUUUUAGGGCGUUUGUACAGACGCUCAAGGGGGAGGGGGUGGAUAUGAGUCGGGUUAGUAUCAGCAAGAGUUAUGCUGUGCUUGUUGGGUUGGAGGGGUAUAUGAAGGUUAAGAAGAGGGGGAGGGAGAUUAAGGGGUUGGUGGGGAGGGGAAAGGAGAAGAAAGCGGAUGUGGUAGGGCGGGUUGGGGAGGGGGGUGAGGGAGAGCAGGAGGAGAGGGAGGGUGAGGGGGGGGUGGAGGUUGUGCCCGGGGAUGGAGGUGGGCUGGCGGGAGGGAAGGGGUCUAUCAUUGAUGAGAGAAGUUAG